AUGUAUCACUUUGUUUCCGAGCAGACUCCGGAGCUCAGGCUCUCGGCGGAUGCACUGGUCACUAGCCACGUAACGCAGUACCUCAAGAGCUUCCAGCUGGAGGCAGUGCGCUUCCUUUACGAUCGUCUGGCCAAGCGGGAGUUCUGCAUUCUAAACGAUGAAAGUGGUCUUGGAAAAUCGGCCACGGUGGCGGCACUUCUUAGUGCCAUUGAUCCCGCCAAGAAAACACUUAUAGCGCUUCAGAAUGAUGAGCAACUGCUCGCCGGAUGGCGGUUUCAUCUGGACACACUGACCGACCUGCAGGUGUGCACUAUUCAAGGAGUGCAAGACACCACAGACUCCCCACACAAUGUUUACCUGGCGAAAUGGAGCCAGUUGCGUAGCAUAGGAGAUCUUAGCCGCCUCAAGUUCGACUACGUUAUGGUGGACAAUCGCGGGCACUCGCUGAACAACAGCUUCUGCACCUCCAUGCUGCUCAAGCAUUUCGAGGGACGGGUAAACGUUGUUAUCUCCAGUGUUGACAUUACGUCCGAUGUGAAGUUGCUAUACAAUGUACUGCGGUUGGGUGGUCGUCUGGAGCAUCAGUACAGAAGCUUCCAGAGCUUCGAUCGCAGGUUCCACAUACCAGAUCCCAAGGAGGUGUUUAGCAAGCGCAUAGAUCUCGAAGAGUACUACAAGCAGCGAGGAUUCCUCAGCGAGUAUAUUAAGGACUUCCGUUUGCGACGUUUCCGUCAUCAGUUCGACAAAAGCUUGCCGCUCGUAGCACCUGAGCAAUACAGGCACAAUCUGAACCUGUGGUUGGCUUCAAAAAAUAGUCAGAGCACGCUAAGUGGCUCCUCGGAAGUCUGCUCAACAAUCGCCUCCAUAGAUAAUAAUCCGGCUCUGCAAAACGAAACAGUGCAGUCUGAAGACACGGAUAAGUUAUCCGAGCACAGCGUGGAUGAAGUGGUGGCCAUGUCGCCGCUGGUCUUUGAAUCCUCUGACUCUGACGUUGAACCCAUAACAGUGGAACCUGCUGCUGAUCAAAAUCAAAUCCUGAUAGUUUCUAGCGAUGAUUGCGAGAUUGUGACGCCUCCAAACACACCGCCAAAUCGAACGCCCACCUCAAACGAAUCACCAAGAAUGAAAUCUAAGAAGAAAUUUAGUAAGCGGAAGUCAGGACAGAAAAAAGCCGAUCUCACCGAUUCGGAGGAAGAGGAUGCAGUUGUGGAAGUGGCACCCAAAAAGAUAACUCGCGCGGCAACAGCUACCUUUACUCCCAAGACAAGGAAGCUCAAUGUGCGUGUGCUAAGGGUUUCCAUGGAUACCUUAAGCACACCUCUGGCAGAAACUGCUCCUGCGUUUGUCACGCCCAAAACAGAGCCCUCGGUUAGUAGGAAAAAAAAGAAACUGCAACCUGCCAGUCCAAUAGAUAUCGGUCGUCCGGCCACUCGAGGUAUGCAGCGCUUAACACGAUCCGCUGAGUCUAAAAUUAACAGCAAGUACUUGAAACACCGCACACUGGAUGAUGUCAAGCGGAGUACCCCAAAAAGAAUCAAGGCUGAGGGAAAUCAAACGCCCAAGACAAGCAAACCCAGGGUGAAGCAGGAAGCCAAGGAAAAGCUUGUUGCCAAGCAAGGAAAAGUGCAGAAAACCCCGGUAAAGCCUACGCAGGAAACUCCCAAAAGAAAGGUAGGACGUCCGAGGAAAAGCCCGUCGGAACCGGAAGAUGCAAAGAAAACGAAGCCUAAGCCAAGCCUUAAACCUUUGCCUCCCACUCCACAAGUCCUUAGCGGUAGUUCCCUGUCCUCGGAGUACAUGCAAUGUGCUCAGCGAAUCCCCGACAACUUAGAUGCCAUUGUGUCUCCUGCUUUUCGGGUGCCCUUCACCCCUCAGCAAACACCUUUGCUGCUAACUUUGCCGUCUGCUUUUAAUUUGCUCAACGACUCGGAGAUGGUGGCCAUUCCGCUGUCGAAAGAACAAGCGGAAACUGUGGUGAUCAACAGUUCCCACGAUGAAAGUUCUCCGCAGGAUCCACCACAAAGUCGACGUACUAAGGCUUUGAAAAGGAAGCGCAAACCAGAGACGCCUGUAAGUUCAAGUUUUGGCGGAGGCUUGGGUCUGCCACCGCUCAAGAGAAGUGCCAACAAAUCACCGGAUCUGUUCAGCAUCUCCUCGGAACCUUCGCAGAUUCCUUUGGCACAGCCGCGACCCUCCUCUCCCUUUGAGGGUUUUAAAAUAUUUGGCUCAGAAGUGAAGCAAUUCCAGCAGCAGCAUGCCAAAACAAAUGUUUCAGCACCGAAAAAAAAACGUGAUCGUUCUUGUUUGGAUAUUUUAGAGCAAAUGUUUGAGCCACGACAGCAGCACCAGGAGAAAACUAGUCCCAAAGUCUUGCCCACCUUGCCGCUAACUCAGAAAGAUGAUGUGGCACAACCCCUUACCCAGAGGAGGAGAACCCUGUUGGAAGAUGACUUCUUUGAGAUCACCAACAAUGGCCAAUUUGGCAGUCGAAUGAGGUUAAAUUCCUCUGGAGAUGUAUCACCCGUGCAACAAGAUCAACAGUCCGCCAGGCCGACGCAGGCCAAUAAAAUCACCAAUUACUUGAUAGGUUCUGGAAUCACCCAGGAAAAGACGCAGCCUAAUAGUGGAAAUCGCAACUCCAUCGUUGCAUCGCUGCGGAAGUCCCCCAAGUCACCAAAACAGCAAGGGAAAUCCACGCAGGCCACCAAGCUUACUCGGUGGUUUGGCGCCGUUUUCGGAGGAGGAACUUCACAGACCAGCUCUGUGGAAUCGGUUAGUGCACCAAGCACACCAGUGACUCCCUCAACGAGUGCAGCGGCAUGUCAAACGCGAUCAGCGAGGAGUGGUGGAGCUGCAGGGCCCACAAAAAGAAAGCGAUUGGAACUGUUCAAAUAAAGAGCAGGAUAAAUAUAGCUUACUAAGGAAAACGUUAAGUUAACAAAAUUCAAUUAAGCUAGGUAAAGUCCUGCUUCCUGGAUAAAAGCCAUAUUUUCACGAAAAGAUUUCUAAAAUAAGUUUUAAAUGUUCACUUAGGUACUGUUAUACCUUAUUAUCAUAUACGAAAUUAAAUUAAGAAGAAAGAUCAGAAAUCUUAUCGUGAAAAUGUAGCUUACAUUUUUUAAUCAAAAGAGACAGUUAACAGCAUCCAAACUUCGACAAAAGACUUUUUUGUAGGUUGUAAUAUCAAUGUGUGUACAAUGUUAGCCGUAGAACAUUACGAGCAUCUGAGCAAUUAACUAGCCAAUUUAGUUAAAUUUCUAUUUUAUGUGCACAUUUCGAAGAUCACUUUACCAUACAAUUAAAAAGACACUGAACAUUA